AUGCUUAUGACAGCCCUGGUAAACUUGAGGAACUUUCCCCACAAUUGUACGAUACCCUGCCGUGUGCUGCUGGAUUCCGGUUCACAAGUCAGUUUCGUCUCAAAGACACUCGCCGCCCGCCUGUCACUGCAAAGAAUUGCAACGCUUGUGCCCAUCACCGGAGUGGGUGCUGUCAGAAUCUGCGCCCGCGAGAAGAUCAACGUUGCAGUGGAAUCCAGAUGUUCCAGUUUCUCAACUACCGUUGAGUGUCUGGUGAUUCCCAAGGUGACAGGAGUCAUCCCGACGACCCAGUUGGACGUUUCGAAUUGGCCAAUACCCCCUGAUGUGUUCUUAGCUGACCCUGAUUUCCAUACGCCUGGCCAAAACGACAUGUUGCUAGGCGUGUCCCACUUCUUGCGUCUGCUUAAAUCGGCAAGGAUGCAGCUACGAGAUGACCUACCCGAACUUCAGGAGACGCACCUGGGAUGGGUCGUUGCAGGAGACGUCGAGGAGCAGAAAAACGACCAGCAAUGCUGCAUCGCAACCACCGCAUCACUUCCCGAGACCAUGAAGAGGUUUUGGGAAGUGGAAGAGCUCGAGGAUGCCGACGAACCCACGGAGCAUGAAGUAUGCGAAAGGAAUUUCCUUGCCACCCACCGCAGAGAUGAAGACGGAAGUUAUGUUGUUUCCCUGCCCUUCCGUGAGUUUCCACCUCAGCUGAAGGACAACCGAGAGCUGGCCCUGCGUCGCUUCCUGUCACUUGAGCGACGUAUGGAGAAAGAUCAUUCUUUGAAGCUUCAAUAUGCAAAGUUCAUCGAUGACUACGAAGCCCUUGGCCACUGUCAUGAAAUUAAGGAAGAAUUCGACGCACCGAACCAGGCACGCUACUUCAUGCCCCACCAUGCAGUUCUACGGCCAUCUAGUUCCAGCACAAAGCUCCGAGUAGUCUUCGAUGCAUCAGCAAAGGCUUCUAUGGCCGAUGCAGCACUCAACCAAGCGCUCAUGGUAGGAGCAACGGUCCAAAACGCCAUCUUCGUCAUCCUCGUGCGGUUCAGGAAGCACUUCAUCGUGUUCACGGCCGAUAUAUCGAAGAUGUAUCGGCAGAUCAAGGUGAUACCAGCUCACUCGUGCUUUCAGCGCAUCUUUUGGCGUUCCGAUCCAACACUCCCUCUGCGCGUCUUGGAAUUGACCACGGUUACCACGGAGUCCACAGCGGGAUGA